AUGAUCGGAAUGGUGAAGCUCAGAAUCCUCGAAACGGAUUCAAAGUUUCGCCUUCGUGGUGAAACAUUGCGCCAAGCGAUCCAAGAAGAUCGUAAUCUUGGUUUGAUACCGUUCUUUGUGUCGACAACACUUGGCACAACUUCCUGUUGCUCGUUUGACGUACUUUCUGAAAUCGGCCCGGUUUGUCAUGAAAACGAUUUGUGGCUCCACGUGGAUGCAGCAUAUGCUGGAAGUGCGAUGAUUUGUCCCGAAUUUCGUCCACUUAUGGAAGGAAUAGAGUAUGCGAUGAGUUUCAACACCAAUCCAAACAAAUUCAUGCUUAUCAGCUUCGAUUGCUCCACGAUGUGGUGCGCCACACACUCUUUUUUUCCUUCAGCGGUAAAAGACAGAUACAAGUUGACACAAGCACUUGUUGUGGAUCCGCUCUACUUGCAGCACAGCUGGACUGGUUAG